AUGAGUCUGAAGAGGAUGGGUCUGGAGAGGAUGAAUCUGAAGAGGGUGAUGGUCCUGGAUGUCCUCGAUGGUUCGAAAAGGCUUGUGUUCGCUCAGCCUUCCCUGAGGGAGGCCUGGCAACAUUAUCAGCAGUUGCUGCAUCAACAGAAGGAUGUUCUUGCCGGUCGGAGUGAUUUGGAAGCGUUCGCGUUUGGCGUUAAGCGGUUUCCUGCCCUGAAGGGAGUUACCAUCACACCUGCAGCCCACGGCAACCUCAUCACCCCGCUUUACCCGACCCCUAUGAUUCGUGCUUUCCCGAAAGGCUUUAAUUACCCCAUUCCUCGUGGUUGGCUGUACCCUAGAGCCACUUUCGAGCCCGCUACUCCAUAUACGUGGAAUCAAUACCCAGAACUUAGAGAUCGGUACCGCGGGUUCCGCACGGCAAUGCGUGUCCUCGCCAACGAACCCAACUCUGUUUCUGAGCUGGUGAUGACUUCUAACUCUAUCCCCACGGGGAUCAACUGCACAAUCUUCGACGAGCCCUGCGAAGAGUACAAUCAUUUCGCUACCGUGCUUAAGAAGCCGGGCUUCCGCCGUCUGGAUAUUGCCUUGCUUCUCGGUGGUAAGCGUGAGGAAGACCUCGAAGCAUGCUGGCGAUCUCUGCUUAAUGGACGUCUGCGCCGGGCGCUCGGUGAAGCAAAAGAAAUGGAAGAGUUCAGGCUGCAUGCAACAUUUGAUGAUGAGCUCUACCCUGACGGAGAACCUCCCCCAUUACAGGGAAUUGUGCCUGUGGAACAAUGGUCGAAACUGCGCCAUUUCGAACUCUCCGGCUUUGUUAUCUCACAGGAUAACUGUGUCUCUUUCCUCAAGACGUUACCAAAAUCCGUUCGCUCCAUUGAGCUCAGUAUGCUGUAUUUCCUUCGCGGCAAUGGAGACUGGUAUAGUAUGCUGGAAGAAAUCAAGCGAAUGGUGUCGGAGAGCACGCUGUGGGGAGACCGGGAUGCGGGAUCAAGACCCAAGAUUACGAUCGGCGUGCCACUCGCGGACACCGGCCCUACAUAUGGACACGGUAUAUGGAUUGAAAAGGAGGUAGAGGAUUUCAUCUACGGUGAAGGAGAAAAUCCCUUUAGGGAGCCUCGUCCCUGGGAAGUCCAAUUUGGAGUUGGUGUGAUGAGGGAUGCAUUGGAGCCCGAUUUUGAACAUCCAUAUCAUGACCAUACGUCCAAUCGGUACUUUGAUACAGAUGAAUAUUUGCAAGACAGAUACCUCAAUGAAGACUGA